AACUAUCCAAGCGUAACCACGUGUGUUUCAUUUGUUUUGCUUAUACAUAGCGACUGAUCACAGUGAUUGCACAAGCAUUUGAAAUCGUUUGUAUUUCCUGUACAGGUGUAGCGGUGUUAGAAAUGGUCCUGCCUGAAGAAAGUAAUAUAUUGUUUAUGUACCAAAAUAUCUAAUUGUGGAUAAAGCUUGCUUCUACUAGUACCCACAAUGAUGGAAGAGAAACCACACGUGGAACUGAUGAUUGGAGGAGUAAAGAUUCAUUUUCCAUUUAAACCUUAUCCGUCACAACUCUCAAUGAUGAGCAUGAUUGUAAAAGGUUUACAACGAUCAGAGCAUUGCUUGCUUGAAAGUCCAACAGGAAGUGGCAAGACUUUGUCACUUCUUUGCUCUGCUUUGGCAUGGCAACAAGAUCUAGCAAUGCGAUUGCAGAAAAAAGAAGAAUUGUAUGAACAAUCAAAUGUUGACUGUGCUGAAGAAGAAUGCUGUUCCAUUGAGCAACCCCCAAAGGAAAAGGAAAAAGUGCCUACUAUAUGGUUUGGAACAAGGACUCACAAGCAGAUAGCUCAAAUUACCCAUGAACUAGCUACAACCCAGUAUAGGCAUGUAAACAUGAGUAUACUAUCAAGCAGGGAACACGCUUGCAUACAUCCAUUAAAUAGUCAGUCAAAAACUAAAAACGAAGGAUGUAAAGAACUACGUAAAGGAAUUCACCCUGACCUACCUGGAACUCACUGCAUAUUUUACCAGAAUGUCAACAGGCUAAGAAGUCAUGCUAGUUUAAAAAACUGUGGCAUAACUCAAGCAUGGGAUUUAGAGGAUUUAGUGAAACUUGGAACCAGAGUAAAAUCAUGUCCAUAUUAUGCUGCAAGGGAGCUGCAGAAGACGGCAUCUAUUAUAUUUUGCCCUUAUAAUUACCUUAUUGAUCCCAGUAUUAGGAGUAGCAUGCAGAUUGACCUUCAGAAUGACAUUGUUAUUUUAGAUGAAGCACACAAUAUAGAAGAUAGUUCAAGAGAAGCUGCAAGCUUUACUGCAGUUGAAACUGAUUUAAUGAGCACUGUGGCAGACCUUGAACAUUUAAUUUCUGUUGAAUCAAACGUGGAAGAACAUCAAAAACUACACUUGGUGUUAUCAAAAAUGGGAGGCUGGAUGAACAAACAUGUAAAGGACCUGAAAGAGUCUGCAUAUGAAACCUGGUCCAAGGUUUGGACUGGAGAAGAUUUUAUUCCGCAUUUAGAUGAAUGGGGAAUCACUGCUGAUACAUUAAGCUUACUUGUGGAGGCAUUUUUGAAGGCAGUUGAAACAAAGGAAGAAGAGGAAGGGGGAGUAGAAGAGGAGAAAAAGGAAAUGAUCAUGCAUUCAAUGAGCAAAUCCUUUCUUGGAGCAUUGUUUGAUGUCUUGACAUAUAUCCUUGCUUCUUCCAAAAAGUUCGCAGGAGAUUACAGAGUUACGAUGAUACGAACUGCUCAGUUCGGUAUUCCUCCUCCAAAACGAACAAGAGAUGGCUGGGUUACAAUUAACAAAAGAAAGUCAAAGUUUUUUCUGCUUAAACUGCAUUUCUGGUGUCUUAAUCCUGCUGUGGCAUUCACAGAUUUGGCAGACACAAGAUGUAUCAUCUUAACUUCUGGAACUCUGUCCCCUAUGUCUUCAUUUUCUUCAGAGCUUGGUUUAGCAUUCCCGAUCCAGUUAGAAGCCGCACAUGUCAUUUCUAAUUCACAAGUAUUUGUGGGCUCCCUUGGUUGUGGGCCUAAUGGUCACAGACUGCAAGCAACUUACCAGAAUACAAACAGUUUGGAUUUCCAAGACGAACUUGGUAAAUUGGUGCAAUCGGUUUGUAAUGUGGUUCCUUAUGGCGUGUUAUGUUUCUUCUCAAGUUAUAAAAUGCUAGAAAAACUCUGUGAAAGAUGGAAAAACACAGGUUUGUGGUACGACAUCUGUCAAAAGAAGGAAAUUGUUUGUGAACCUCAUGGUCGUAACAAAGCAGAUUUUGAUGGAGUUCUACAAAAUUUCUACCAUACUGUUGCAAUGGUGGGAACCAGUGAUUUAACCGGUGCAUUAUUUCUGGCUGUUUGUCGAGGCAAGGCAAGUGAAGGGUUAGAUUUUGCAAACAAUAAUGCACGUGCUGUAAUCACAGUGGGCAUACCAUUUCCUAACUACCGUGACAAGCAAGUGGAACUAAAGAAAACCUACAACAACUUUCAUUGCCAAGACAGAGGUUUACUUACAGGAAAUGAUUGGUAUGAAAUUCAGGCAUUCAGAGCUUUAAAUCAAGCUCUAGGUCGCUGCAUUCGUCAUAGAAAUGACUGGGGAGCAUUGAUUAUAGUGGAUGACCGCUUCUGUCAAAAUCCAAGGAAAUACUGUAAAGGCUUGUCGAAGUGGGUUAGACAGAAAGUUAAAUCUUAUGACAAGUUUAAAGUUUUUGAAGAGUCAUUGGCAAACUUUUGCCAAAGACAAUCUAAACAAGAAAAUGAGAAAGAGAAUCUUUCCCUCACUUUUACCCAAAGUGCAUUUGCAUCCACUUCAACCCAGAUCCAAUCUACAAUUGUAGAACCAUUCAACCAAAGCCAGAAGUCAAAGAUUUCAGAUCAUUUUUCUAUAAAAGAUAAACUUGCAACAUGCCUUUCAAUUGGAAAAGAAAACAAACCGGAAAUUCCUAAAACUGAACUUCAAUUUUUGUCGGACCCUGAAAUCAAACCAAUUAAAACUGAAAAUGCGGUGAAGCCAGAGUAUGAGGCAAGCGAAACUAAACCCAACCUAAGAAAAUUUAAAUUUAAAUUGGAGCCUAAAAACAGUUCGAACCCUGAAAUCAAACCAAUUAAAAUAGAAAAUCAGGUGAAACCAGAGUACGAUUCAAGCGAAACUAAAUUCACCAAAAGAAAAUUUAAAUUUGAGCACAAAAAAAGUUUGAACACUGAUGCAUCGGUCAAGGACAAUAAAAAUAAACAAAAUAAUGAUGUCAUUGUGAUUACGAACACCCCUGAAAAGGAGGACAUUUUAAUUGUUCCGGAAUCCCCAGAAAUUAAAUCCGACAACGAAGAAGAUGACUUUAAGGAACCAUUUUCCGCCUCAAGUAAAAGAUCUAGAUCUCGUUCUCAUGAUUUGAGCAAAAACAACAGAGGAAAAAAUACGAUUGCUAGUCAGCUUGCCAAAAAAUGUAAACUCUCUCUUGAUUUUAAAGAUGUUGAAAACCCUUUAAAAGAAGAAGAGAUUUUAUCUGUGAAAGAGAAAAAGAAAAGACGUACCAAAAGGUCUUUUAAUAACUUUGAUGAUGAUUUACGAGGUUUAAAUACUUCUAAAGCUAUUCUACAAACCGUUAUGUCAUGUCUUUGCAGUGAAGUUAUAUGUUCCGCCAAGGAAUGUGACAUUACAGAAGUAAAACAGGACUUUAAUUUGGUUUUAUUGUACUCAAGUGGGGACACCUUAAUAGCAGUGGAUCAAACACUUGUGCCAAAUCUAUCUUACAUGUCGCACACACUUACAAAUAGUGCCACAUUAAACUGUGCAUGGUCUGAAGUAGACAAACAUGCUUUUCGUAUAUUCCAGUGUAUAGCGUGUAAUGAAGUAAUUGCUGUACAAGUAGUGAGCCAUGCAACUCUAUCUAACAAAGUUCUUUUUAUGCCUCAAACUGUGUCUUUGACGGAGAAAUAGUAUUUUGUUUUUUUUAGUAGAAUUGUACUUCUCUUAAAGAUUUUUUUGAAUUCGUUCGAAACUUCAGUACACUUGUGCUUCUUUUGAAUAUUCUUAGGAUUUUUUACAUUUCAUAUUGACCUGUCCUAUAGUUCUAUUUAAUUCUAUAUCACAACAAAAGCAUGCUUUUUCUGCUAGAUAACUGUCUGAAUAUAACUUUAGUAACGGCAAAGAUGUGCACUGUUUCAUGAUUGUUAAUUUAUUGUUUCUAAUGCUGCAUUACACAAAGAAUUUUAAGAA